AUGGUGAGUCUUUACAUCUUAUACUCUGAAAGACCAUGGCACUUUGUUAUAGAUUUUAAAGGAAGUUCUGAUGGAUUUAUCUCAGCACUCAGAAAUCUAAGAAACUUGGAGAAAGUAGAAAUUCUGCAUUUUGAAAGCGGAAGUCAGACAGAUAGGCGCAGGCAGAAAACCAUCUUGGCCUGCCUUCUUGUUCUUGCCGUUAGCGUGGCACUGUCCAAUGCUUCCUGCUUCCUUCAGCCAUUGAAGCCAUGGGUGUCUGGUGGCGAGACCAUAGGCUGCCAUGACUUAAAUGGAGAGGGGCAUGAAUUUGAUUCCAGCUGGAGGACCAUAGACUGCAAUGAUUGUUCCUGUUCCAGGGGUGGAAUCAGAUGCUGCACCGCCUAUGUAAAACCAGUUGACUACGACGAAGAGAAGUGUGUAAGCAUUUUCAACAAGGAGACCUGCACUUAUAAAGUAGUGGAGAAAGAUAAUCACUCAAAAGAAUGCCCAGUCAAUGCGUGGGUGGGCUAA